GCUGCCAGGCUAGUCGAAUAGAGACAAGAACAACCACAAGGCUGGCGUUUGUGAAGCCUUCAAGAGUUCCCCGACCUCGAAGAUCAACUAAGUUUUACUUGGUGAUAUUGGCGUAUCGCCACGAGAUCUAUCACAAAACUUUAUACCCUCUCUCCGCCUCAGACUACCGCGCGCUUCCGUUACUGCGGACUGAAUCCCGCAAUCAUACAACCUUUGCUUUCGGAGCACAUGACGUCUGUGGUAUAGCUACAGACAACCUGGGAUAGCUUCACAGCCUGAUCGUCGGACCCUGGCCAGCCAUGUUAGACCUUCACGUAUGGGGCUCCGCCUUUGGCCUCCCGUCCAUUGACCCCGAGUGCCUUGCUAUCAUCACAUACCUGCAUAGCAGCCUCCCUGUAUCAGCCUGGCGCCUGAUUCCAAGCAACGAUCCUUCCAUCAGCCCGUGUAAUACACUACCAGCAUUGUAUGAUGAGGGCGUAUGGGUAUCAGGCUUCGGUCCUAUUGUCGAGUACUUGACUGACAAGUCCAUCGGUGACAAUCUGGAUGCUGGCCUGACCGACAUUCAGCAGGCUGACCGUGUUGCAUAUGUUGCCUUCUUGUCUGCGCACGCUGCUCCAUUGCUGGAUCUUUCACUCUAUGUCUCCGCUGCCAACUGGUCAGCCACAACUCGGCCCGCCUUCAGCACUCUAUUAUCCUUCCCAUUGACAUGGACAGUUCCGCCACUGCUCCGUGCCGAGGCUGUUAAACGUGUUGAGCACCUGGGCUUUGCUGAUAUGGAUACCGACUUUGACCCUAAUGGCGGCCUUCACCUAUCCUCCGGAAGAGAUGCUUUACCAGAGACAUUCCGAAGGCACAUUCCUGUGAGGACAAAGAAGACGAUUCAUGAAGAAAUGACCCCUGAACAAGCAGUUCUUAUAAGGUUAUAUGGAAUCACAGAAGACUGUCUCACUGUGUUAGAUGAUUUCCUCGAGGGAGGGCCCGAGGAGAAGAUGCAUGGUUUCUUCAACGGUACAGAAAUCUCAUCUUUGGACUGCUUAGCCUUUGGCUAUCUCGCCUUGAUGCGUGAUGCCCCCGUACCAAGAUCUUUCUUAAAAGAUUGGCUCAUGAAGAAGACACCUCGGUUGUCCACGUUUGUUGACGGUAUGAAGACAAGAUGUCUGGACAAGUCCAAACUCUUGCCGUGGGUUGAGCCUGGUAAUAACACCGUAUUACGCAUUGGAAGCCGAACUCUUGACAGCAUCCUUCACAACGUUCCUGGUCUGGGUGAUGAGUAUGCGACCGAAGUGCGAAGACGUGCUGAAGGAGGUAUCACUGGCAUUGAUGCCAGAUCCCUCAUGUUGGCAUUGAGUCUCCUUGCCACAGGUGCAGCUCUUGGCUAUGGCUAUCACACAUACAAGGCACUACAGCCAUUUGGAUCACGGAUACAAGUGUGGUAUUCACACAAAAACUAUUCGAAACUCAGCGAGUUUGGUGCGCUGGGCUCCAUGUUGGGCAGUGUAUUAGGAGGGCCAGUGGAAGCACCUAGACCAUCUCAUCCGUCAAACCAGGCUCGGUUCGUCGAGACCGAUACAGACGUGGACUAGGAAUGAUGAUAACGAUGUAAAAUUAUUGUACAUUUAUGUAAUAGACAAACCACUUCCAAAUACCCUCUGUCAGAGGGAUAACCCCAAAGGAUGUUCCCUUCCCGUGAUCUAGAUGUUGCGAACUAUCUAUCAUAAUUUUUCUCAAGGCGUAUCAGACCCAUUGCCACUUAGUGACUUCACAUCUCUUUGUGUCAUGAUUCAUAUCUGUCUGAUCUCUUUGCCAACCAUCUCAGGUCGCUCAAUUUCCCACUCAUCUCGCAAGACGGCGAAAGUGAGAUCUGUCACCAGCAGACUCUGACCCAAACUCCACACAAGAGUGAUGGCAUAGAAGAAAUUGGCAUUGCCGCUUCCUGCAUAGAUCCAGAGGUGGUAAAAAGCUGGCCCAAGGAAUGUCGCGUACAGCAGCGUAGAGGUGGUAACAAAAGCGUACCGCAUAAGGGGGAAAACAUGUCGGAACAGAGGGACCACAGACAAGAAGAGGCUGGCAUCUGCAAGCGAAGGAUAAGGCUUGAAGAUUGAGAAAAUGCCCAGUAGGAUGGUCAAGACAGCCAAGGGCUGGGGGCGGAGACGGAUAGAGAGGGCUGCAGGAUAGGCUGCAAGAUGCAGCCAGAAGACGCCAAGGAAGAAAGCCCUAAACGAGUCAAACAUCUCAAUGAAGAAAUACCACCACAGUCCCACGUUAGGUGUGAGAUCCGAUAAGG